AUGACGCCAGAAGCCAUGUUCGGCCUCCUACAGGCAUUCCCAUUCACCCGGAGACUGGCACUGGUGGGUAGUUGUAUGGAGGUGAACGGGGGUGGAGAUGUGUUCCGUGCAGUCGAUUCGGGAGAGAUUGUGGAUUUUCCGAUCAGCACGUCAGGCAUGCACGAGACGGUUCAACACUUCGAGGUAUUGGUGGUGCAUUUUUAUGUGUUGCCGGAUGACGACAUAGUCAUGUUGAGUCGGUGGCUAUCGAGAGCUUCUAAGCUGACAGCAUUAUAUGUGAAGGCAACAAAUGACACGGAUAUUUUAGCAACACAGAAGCUGGUGAGCAACUGCACCGAUACGUUGAAGAAGCUGAACAUUCAUAUAUAUGAUGGCGGAUUAUGGUCUGUCUCAUUAGAUCUGAAAGCAUGCCAGUGUCUGCAGAGCCUGAGCAUAUCCUGCACCGAUUGUUAUGGGCAUAUGCUGGUCGAUAUACUUGGAAGUGUCAAGCUUGCUGGGGCUGGUGCAGGCGCGAAUCUGCUGCAGAUAAAUUUGUCUAUCCAUAUGCGGACAUGGAUCUAUCCAAAUUAUCACGAGCAGAUCACAAAAAUGUACAGAAGUUUGGCGGAGGGCAUCCUUGGGAUAUCACGAACUGGGGAUAAUGCUCUUGUUAGAGUGUCGGUUAUGCACAGGAGCGAUUUGGACUGGACUAGAACCAAAUUCAAGGACGAGACAGACUAUAGGGACUGGAUUAAAUCAGAUUGUUUCAAAGAAGCGGUGAAGGUAAUGGGGGGGAGAUUCAUGGUGAAGGUAGCAAGCAAGUAG